CAGAACAUCUAUGAACAUCUUGUGGACAUCACUGAAUGAACAACUGCGGAUGUGUCUGAGUUGGUUCGUUAGUACAGUUAGUACGGUAGUCAGUUAUCACCUUCCUACAGACCACUAUUUAAUUUUCAAGAGAUUAUGAGACCUGGUUUUGCUCUUGGAUGGAUCUGUUGGCUCAACCAGUAUCUUGCGCGUAUGGUGUGUUGUUAUACGGCGGAUGGCUGUGUUGAAGAGAUCGAAGGUGACGGAACUGAAUAGCUCCAACUGCUCCGGAUGCGAGUGCAUGAUGGAGUAGUGCUAACUGGUGAGGGAGAAAGGUCAAGCGUGGAGGGUACGUGUCGGAUGCCGGUGAAGGAUCCGAAUGACGAGGAGCGAAACCUCUGACAAGGCGAUUGGCAGGAAGCCAGUGCUUGCAAGUUUGCCCGCGUCGUGGUACGCCUCGAUCGUGGCAUCAUGGAGAAUGGUGGCCAGACCUGCCCCUCAGAUGUCGGUGUUCGGGAAGAUCUGGUAAAGAGUGAAGAUCAGAGCGACAAAUUGGACGCAAGAUCGAAAGAAGGCGUGGACUGUGUUCUCCACGAAGUGAAUCGGCAGAUGGAUGGGAUUACGAGCCAAUUCGACGUUUGGAUCGUUUGGGUCGUACGACUACGGACCAAAGAAACGGAUACCCGACGGGUGCGAACAGUCUCGUGUGAAUCCUACCAGUCAAGCCAGCGGACCGAGAAGAAUUACGACGAGGGAAGUACGCUUCAGUACAGCGUAGUGUAGUCGUCGAGGAACCAACAGAGAAAAGUGAAGGUAAAGCGAUAUUGCCGACAAGCGGGCGACAUGCUGUUACCUAGAAAGCGAUGGAAGUCCAAAGGUCAACUCCAACGGUCAAAGCUAUGCGCAGGAGACCUCUUUGACAGUGGGAACUACAGCCAUCCAACCGAAAAGAAAGCCAUAGAUAUUUACCACCAGUGCAUGAAUCAAACGCACGAAAUUUCCUCAGAAUCCCGCGACCAAACCUUGUUUAGCACCGUGAACGACCUGCUGGGUGGAUGGUCACUGCUCAAUGAACAGUCCAAUGUGUCCGCCGUUCGUCUGAAAGACACUCUCAUUCGUCUGCAGCAGAACAACAUCCAGACCUUCGGUCUUCUGUACGUUGGUGACAAUAUCGUGUCCGGCGACGAGCAGAUCCUGUACUUCAUGGCGCCUGAACGUCUCGCACUGCGGGCCGCACAGUGGCAGCCAAAUGCACUGGACAACGCCCAUGUCAACAGCACCAUUAAUAACACAUUCGUAAAACUGUUCCAAGCUUGGAUUCCCAUCGUGCAGCAGUUAGCUAAUGCGACCAAUACGAACGUCCAAUGGUCUACAAACUGAAAACCGGCUAAAGGGAGCCAUUAUGUUAGAAGCCGUGCUAAAUGCGGGUGUAAAAGGAAGCCAGGAUGGUUUGAGGCGGAUAGCGUUCGGUGACCUUUCGGCAUCGCCAUACCGUUCGCAGUUUCUGGCCAAUUUUCUGCCGGUCUUCAAUGCCAUGCUGAAAGCUUUCAGGGUGAAUUUCCAAGCCACAACGACCACAAAGUUUGGGGACACCAGAACAGGGUAUCUUCUUCAUCUGGACAAAACGAUGGCGCAGUUGGAAGCGCAGGGAAACGCGGGACAGACGACAUUGGCCGAUUGGUUAUGGUGGAACGCCGUCCAUCGUUAUCUCUAUCAACCGACGCACCAGUGCGUGGAGCUGGUAAAAGCAAGCAUGCCGUUGACCGUCUCGGGGUUGUUCUUUAAGACAUACAUCGGGCACAGAGCUCUACAAAAGGUCAACACAAAAACUUUUAUUUAUCGAACAGAGAGCGAUUACUGGAUUUUAUCCGAUAUGCGGAGGCAGAUCAUGAGCGAGGUCCCGCCGGCGCGCCAGCUCCAAGACUUUACACUGGCACUGCGUGGAUAGCUGCACAUAUAGCAUCAAAGUUAUUUAGCUGCAGCACCGCACACCAGACGAAUUCAUAAGAUUACGUUCAAAAUUGUUAACCCAUACAUCGUCUUUAAAAGGUGCCGUAACAAUAGCGUUCCGAUACAGACAGCUGAUGACGACUGGACCGGCAUCCGGCACCUGCCAGCGAUCUUCAUCCUGGUACCGGUCCUUCAACCCGCAUAAUCUGAAGCCUGAAUCCUUGCAGGCGAAGACAAGUUCCCCGUUCAUCCGGAUAUUCCGUGACACAAAGUAAUGCAAUUCCCGCAGAUGUUUCUCGCAGUUCUCCGUCAUCUCCGGAGCCCCAAUGUUUUCCAUCAGGCAACCCAUCAUACUACGAGAACCACAAUGACCAUCGACUAUCCAGUUCAAUAUCGAAGUGAAACUUCACUUACUGGUGCGCGGGCGCAUGCAUAUUGCCUCCACAACAGUUGCAGAUUAUGUUGGCAAAAUCCGGUGAACCCGGGCUACCAAUAGAUCUAUUGGUGACCCAGAGUCACUAUGUUUUUGUAAAGGCGAAAGUAUUGACAUCGGAAAUUUCAAAUGGGGUUCGCGUUGCGGUCCUUUUAAAAGCGGACUGGAUGGACCGCGCAAAGCAAAAUGCAGCGGUGGACAAGCUUAAUCAUACACUGCGAAUGGUCGGUUAUCCCGAAGAGUUCUUGCGCAACUGGACAAUACUCGACCAACUUUAUGCAAAGAUUGAAUUAAAACGGACAUUUACCGAGACACUGCGCACCAUCGAUCAAAGCAACAGUUGGAUCAACUUGCAGAAACUCCUCAUCCGCACCCGCAAUAAUCCGUACUAUCCAACCGACCUCACAUCGGCCAAUGCAGAAAUGAUUCGUUACCGCAACUACGACCUUGUAAUUCCAGCGGCAUAUUUACAGCCACCCAUAUUGUACGCGGGCAACCUAGACAUUGUUAACUAUGCCCGGCUGGGUGCUUCUAUUGGCCACGAAUUCAUUCACGGCUUUGAUAUUUUCGGUAAAGACGUUGGAAAAGUCGGCAAACCGCUCAGUUGGAGGACGAAUGUGACACAGAGCAACUACAAUGCGAGAAAAUACACCUUAGUGGAUCUUUACAACAGUUUCAGUUCGCCCAUCAACAGUGUGGACGGUCAGCGAACACUCAACGAGAACAUCGCCGACAAUGGCGGAAUUCGUGCUGCAUACCUGGCUUUUCAUAAUUUUAUGAGCCGCACAGGAUACCGCAUCAAAUUGCCGGGGUUGGAGGAAAUGAACGAAGACCAACUGUUCUGGUUGGUUGCUGCACAGAAAUCUUGCACGCGGCAUCCGAAAUUGGCUGACCCCGAGCACGCACCGCUACGCUUCCGUGUGCUCGGAACCCUCAUGAACAAUCCGGAUUUCGGUUCAGCUUACAACUGUCCUCUGGGGUCUCCGAUGAACCCCUGGAUUAAGGCGUGGUAGAGACGUCUCGCUUAACAUUGCGUUGCUGUCAAAAAACACUAAAAUCAGCAGAUGCGGCGAAUCUUAAUUAAAAACUGAUAAGAAAGAGCGCAAAAAAAGCGAAAAUUCCCGUGAUGGAAACCUCAUCGUUGAGUGUUAACAUUAGUGGGGAGAGCGUUACAUGAAAUAACUGGUGGUUAUUCAUAAAACUAGCUAGACAUAUUAAUGGAUUACAUUCACCGAUAACUGCAUACCGGCUGUUGUAAUUGUCGAAACCGUACGAUUGGGCGUGUGAAAAUUAAUUUCGUUUUUCUAAAGAUUCGACGCGCGACUUUUAGCUGUGAACGCAUCUGGCCGCCGGACAUGCGGACGCUGAAACAUUAUGCUUUGGGACGUAGUGCUUCGGGUUGUUCCCAAUUUGCAGCAAGCAACAGCAAAUUGCAUCCCACUGAAAUUUUCUUCGUUUUUAUGUACGUAUAUGGGGAUCACGGUUUUACUGAAAGCUCAUCCGGGUUCUGUUCAUAAUAACGACAAGAAUCAACCGAA